AUGGAAGAUGUGAUUGACAUGCCUAUGAUCAAGCCAAUCUAUAAAAUUCUUAGCAAGAUUCAUUUGACUUCAAAUCUUUUAUUGGAUUUCUGCUGGCUUGGCAAGUAAAUUACCCUUCAAGAUGAAUUUAUCGCCAUGUAUAUGAGACAAUACAAUGUUGCAAUUGAUGAUUUGAAAGUAGCCUUAGAUACUGAAGCACAUCUUAAAAAGGUUUACACUAAGUCAGAUAAGCCUAAAAUUCCACUAUAAACUCAUAGAACAUGGUUAACUUCACCCAAUAAUCCUAUUGAAAUCUUUGAUUACUUGAAAGAUCCUAUCUUUUUUGAUAGAAUGAUACAGACAAACAAGCUGCUCGAUAGUAAUGGAGAAAAAUGGAAUCACUUUAUAUGGACCAAUGAUAGAUCAUUAUCGAAAAAAACUUUCUAGUGGUUUGAAGAGAAUGGUUUUAUAAUUAGAGAAUUUAAAGAAAUACCAUAUGAUGAAGUUCUGAUGAAGAUGUUUGAUAAAUAUAUGGAAAAAAGAGAACUAGGAAAGGCCGCGGAUAUCUUAAAACUAUGUGUGCUCUAUCAUUACGGAGGAAUGGCUUUGGAUCUUGAUGUAUUCCUUCCAGCCUUCUCGAAUGAAUGGAAUUACAUAUUUGAUUCAAUAUGGGUAAGGGAAAUAGAUUAUAAAUUUGGAGUAGCAAUCUUAAAUAAUGAUCUGAUGCUUGCCAAACCACAUCAUCCUAUUCUUUAAAAGUACUAUGACCUCUUCAAGUAAUAAUAUAUUCCUUAAGAAAAGCAUUAUCUACCAAUUUAAUCGGCAAGAUGUCUUAGUUAGACUGAUGCUAAGACACCUUUUGAAGGUGGUAUAUUUCUAGGAUUAGUUGCUUUAGCUAAAGAAUUUGGAAAAGAUGGACAUCAGGACAUAUCACUUUACCCGAAAAAUAAAGAAAAAAUUCAAAAUUAUAAGAUUAAAGUUCAAAACAAUGAGGUUGUAACAAUUCCAUUCAGUGGGAAAUCAGUUUACAUUUGCAGCUGGAUGAAUAAUUACUCAGAUGCCUUAGGAUUCGGAUUCUAUUGA